AGGCUGAACCGUCGUCCUUUGAAUUGGGGGAUGUUUCCUAGAGUGAAAGCAUGGUCAGUGCAAGAUGUGAACUUAGCUAAAGCUGAGGACAGAAUUGCAAGUGGUGACUAUGGCAGCCUAAAGUGCAUUGAUGUUGCUUAUGGUGAGAAUCAUCCGAUGAUGCCGAGGGACACGAUGGGUCCGGAGUACAUGGCUUAUGAGAUUGUUGGCCUUGUUCUCAGUGGUUUGGGUAUAGAAUUACCUACUGCGGCAGCAGCACAUGCACGCAUGGGAGGUGGUGGAGUUGGUGCACACAUAGGAGGUGGUGGAGUUGGUGCACACAUGGGAGGUGUCAUGGAAGGUGUUGGAGUUGGUGCAGACAGGGGAGUAGAAUCAGAAGGUGAAGAGAUUCGGCCACGACCUAGGGGUGGCAGGGUUCAGAUGAGGCAUAGGACAAACAAAAGAGAAUUGAGGGAAGGUAGGGAAAAUUCAAGGGAAAUUGGAGAUCUUGUUGGAGAAGCUGGUAGGCAAGGAGAAAAUGUUAUUACUGAAGAGGAGGGUGUGAGGCAAGGGGAACCUUAUGUAGAAGAACAAUUUGUUAGGCAAGGGGAAGAACCUUAUGUAGAAGAGCAGCAUGAGGAUGAGGGGGUACAUAGUAAUAGUAAUUGGAGUGUGGGAAGCCUAGUUAAGCGUUUGAAUAUUGGGUUGUCGGAGACGACGCCAAUGAAUACGGGUAGGUAUGAGUGGGGAUCAAGCUUCAGGGGUCGUGUUGAAUUAGAUCCAAUUAACGUUGGUGGUGAUAAUAUAAGCUUGGGCGGUAGCAAUAUGGAUGGGAAUGGGAAUAGCAAGGGUGGCGGUGUAAAUGUGGAACAGGGUAGUAAUGAUGCACUUUCGGGGACCCAAUCCAAAACAGCAGAUGUGGUUGGUAAUGUGAAAAAGAGUAGGAGGCGGAGAUGCACAAGGGCAAGUGUGAAGCUUGGUAGUGAUUUUGAUGUGCAAAUUAUUCCUAAAGUGUACCCACACUAUAGGUUAAGAAUUGUGAAGCUUGUUUGCAACUACACUUCGUCCUCUGAGUAAGUAAAGUUAAGAUAGUAAUAUUGUUAAGUUAACUUUAUUGUUUUGCAAGAAGUCAUCCUGUUAUUGGUUGCAUUUGCAGUGACGAUCCUGUUAUGGUGAGAUGUGGUUCUUUAUCUGCCACGGUGCGGGAUUGUAAGACUGUCGUUGGUGUUGAUGAAGU